AUGUGUGUGUGCGCAAAGAGAGAGAGAGAGAGAGAGAGAGAGAGAGUACUCCAGUCAGCACUCUGGGGAAGCAACAGCCUAUCCACUGGUUGCCAUCUGAUUUAUUUGGAAAUAUCGAUCCAAGCUCUGUAAUAAGAAUAUUAUUUAUUACUUUUACCUGAGGAGACUUUAAGGGCAACUUCUCAACAACCUGUUGCGUUUCUCUCUCUGGUGAAAAUGGUGAUAACGCCGCUGACACCCCCCUGCUUUCAUUCAUAAGCGGUGACAGGUCGCCUUUAGGCUCUGAUGUGACACAGAGGAGGUUCAGUUCAAGCACACGGUGUCCUUUGAAAAAAGAGAGGAGAAGUGAACAGGACGAGCUGUGGGAGGAAUACAAAUUAUUCCGCUGAAAGAAGAACCGUCCGAGGAGGACAAUGAGUCGAGCUGCCGGUGUGAAACUGAGGAAGAGCCACUGCUGCUGCUGCUGCGUUUAAGGUCGGCGCUCCGCUUCAAGGUCCGAGGAGAGGGGUCGGGAGAAUACCGAGUUUAAAGUGUUGGAAAAGCUCAUCUGAACGGAGGGAUGACGGUCAAACUGGACUUUGAGGAGUGCUUGAAAGACUCUCCGAGAUUCAGGUAAGAAGAGAUUCACCUGUCAAGCCGAAAAUGAAAGGCUUGGACUCUGACUUUCAGCCGAAGAUGAAGGUUUGUGUUGCAAUACUCUCUCUGUCUUUAGAGCAGCAUGUGCAAAAUGGGAAAUAUGUAUUAUAUAAUGCCUGCGGUUUCUCCUUAAGUGCCUCCAGUCAACAUGUGGAUUGUAAUUAGUUUGUUUUGUUCUUAUUUAUAAACUGUUGGUGUAGCUUCAGCUAACUAUGAACAACACCAAGACAAGUUUCCUUAAAGGUUGAUAAAGUAUAUCGUACGGUGUGGUAUCAUAUUUAAUCUCAUCGUUUUGUAUCGUAUCGUAUCGCGCCAAAUCGCCGUAUAACUGACUGAUUCGUAGCAUACCAUAUGUACAUACUUCUUAGUGUAUGGGAUUGUUAGGUAUGAGUAAUAUAUCUAAUCUUGCCAUAUUGCAUGGUAAGUUAUUGGAUUGUAUGUUGUUAUAUUACACUAUCAUGUUUUAUCGCAUUCUGUUAUAUCUUGCUUUAUAAUAUCAGAUCAUGUUGUUUCCUAUAGUAUCAUAUCAUUUAGUUUGGUAUUGUAUCACAUUACAUCAUAUUGCCCAGGGUCCCAAAGGUUGUUGGUUGUCAUGUGACUGCAAGUGCCAGAGUUGAAAAAGGGAUGCUUGCAAACAUUCAGGGGUAAAGCACUUAUAUUAGAUUUAAAUACUUAGACAUAACUCUUGAAACUAAAUGGGUAACUGUUUGUUGUAAUGCCCACGACAGAAUAUUUUGAAGUAUUUGUGGUAGAAAGUGACGAGCUGCCACACAUUGUUCGCUCACACGCCCUUAAAGACCUCAUUCAAAGCCUCUCGAGUUAAUAACCGUGCUGCUGCAGUAGCUCUACUGUAUGUCAGACUGAGUCUACAAUCAUUUUUCUUUCCACACUCAGUCAACAUGUGGUGUGCUAAUCAAAAGGGAAGUGUGGCUAAAUUGGUUUUGCAAGCAGCUCGAGAAGGGAGCAUGGCAGAACUUGGGUGUGCCUCCCGACAGUUUUUGGCCUCAUGCCUGAGUCACAGCCGCUGGUGUCCCUACCAGCUGAUCUGGCAUGUUUUAAAUCCCUCAGCCCCCUUUUUUUUUUCUCCCUCUCUGUUUGAGUCCACGAAGCUUGAGCGUUGGUGGAAAGUUUGAGUAGUUGCAGCACCAGCGCUGAGGUUUUCGUGUCAGGCCUGGAGAGCAGGGGAAGGAAAGAGAGGGGGGUCAAGUUAUUACACAUUUCAGGACUGUGCUUGAAUACCAAAUUCUGAUUGGUCAAUACCCCACAGCAUUUUUCUGUUAUUUCCAAAUCGCACAAGUCGAGAGCACAUUCACAGACUCUGGUGGACUUAAAGGGAUCAUUUCCAUCCACUGGGGUCCUGCUCCCCCUGCUCCAAUCCACAAUACUGACAUUGCAGUUUAGAAAAAGGCAAAAACAAGAUUGAAAACCAAUGAGAGGAGAAUUAACUGUCUCUCAGAAUCCGCUGUUGCUAAGUGACGGCAAGGUGGGAGGGCAACAGGAAGUGAAGCGAGAUGUUUUGAGGUGAUCAACAGGAGUGACAGGAAGUGUGUUUUCUGCGGGGAGAACCAUGGCGGAAACUCAACUUCAGCUCUGUCUUCAUCUGCUGUCUGGCCCUCCGUCCCGCAGGCUUCAAAAAUACGACAUUAAUUCAGAUAAAAACGAAAAGGCCACAUUCCUCUUUAAUGAAAAAUACUUGAACUUCCUCCCUCACAGCCUCCUGUUGCCUUUUUCAUCCUCUCCUCUCCUUCGCCGACUUGUCAUUCAGUGGUAUUUCAAGAGGACAUGACCCCAGACACAAACACACACUGAAAACACAAACAGUUACUCUCUGUUUUGGCCCUCCUCUCUACUCUCUCCGCUCAGUCUCGCCUCUUUUUUCUCUUCCUCUGUCUUUCUCUCUUUCUGUCUUUCUAUCUCUCUGUACUGUUGGUGGAAGGCAGCGGAAACCACAUGGUUGAACUGCUAGUAUGUGCAGAGACAAAUGAUACGUACUGUGAGGCCAAACACCAAAGAAGUAGCCGUGCACAGGACUUCUUUGUGCAUGUUUGAGAGAGGUUUUGGAGGCCCGUUUUUGUCUUCAUAACAAAGUGUAUUAAUAAGUUACUGGGCAACAAGCAGGCUGCAUGUUUGCUUUCACGGCUGAAAUCCUUGUAGGAAGGUUCAUCCGGCAGACUCACUGUUACAGUACACCAACGCUCUGUUCAUAUGUCAUUAGUUCUUAACACGAAGCUGUGCUAAAUACUUGAUUCUGAUUGGUCAAAAUCUAAAUAUACCCUAAUACAGUGGUUUUCAACUUGUGGGUCCCGACCCAAAAGUGGGUCAUGAACACGUUCUGGAUGGGUUGCGAACAGCUGGUCAAAAAAGUAAAUAUAUAAUGCGCAUCUAAUGUUUGACAUGUCUUUUAUUUUGAAAAAUAGCUCGUUUUGAAAGGCAGGCGUUAUGUCGUGGUCCUCCUCGGUUUCUUAUCAAUGUGGCCUGUAUGCAGUAAAAAUAACAUGUUUUUUUUGGUCUUUAUUUUGUGCAGUUUGAUAUUUAUUCACUUUUGUCCAUGCCUCGUUGCAUGGUCCUCGUCAGGUUCUUCUGAAUAUGCUCUGAAUGCAGAGAUGCAUACAAGUCAAAUUUUUCAUUUUGCUGGUCUCCAUUUUGAGCAAUUUAAUAUUUGAUAUUUUCUGCAACUUCAGUAGUUGUCGUCCUCAGUUCACGUGCUCUGAAAUGCACUUUACUCGUUAACAUGGGUGUAUUUAUGUUAAAGAUUGGAGUCUUUAAAGGUUUUUUUUAUAAAAAAUAAAUUUGCUUGAUUUGAAGUUUAUAAAAAUGGGUCAUGACUUAAGGACCAUGGGAAAAUGUCGGUCCCAGAGUGAGACCAUUUGAGAACAACUGCCCUAAUAUGUACAUAAGAAUAAGUCUUCUUAAAGGUACCUGGCAUAUUUCACUUAAACCUGUUGACAAUGUGACAAAAAAAGCUUGUAAGGCUUGUAAAUAAUGACAGACAACUCUAGGAUCAUCAUGACUAGAGAUAUGGGGACAGAUCAGGGCUAAAUAUUAUGUAUGAUGGAAGAAUAUUUACUUGAGAGGAAAAAUUUAAGCAUUCUGGUUUCUCAAAACCCCCAUGGAAACUCUCAUAGAAGUAAACAUGCACCAGCAGGUCACUUUAAUCCAGUAUCAUUGUGGUUUGAGUUCUAGGCACUGGGGAAUACUCAUAUCUUAAUCUAGUAGGGUAUUGUUAAUUCAUGUUAUUAGUACAAGAUUGUUGUUGUUUCGGUGCAUCAUGGCUGCAUUUUCUCAAAGCUCAUGCUUAUCUGCAGGAUGCUUCAAAGUCUCCUGGAACUGUUGAGCUAAUAUGGCUGCUUCACAGGUAUAAGGUUAUGCAUCUGAAACUAGGGCUGGGCAAUACAUGGAUCCACUGUUGAGUGAGGAAGUUGUAUAUUGGCCAUUGAAAAUAAUGUAAACAGAGUUUUUCGUAAAAACAAUUGGAGAUUUUAUUGUUGGUCCAUUUCGCCCAGCCCUACGGAAACCCAUUCAAGACUAGGCAAAUGCUGCAGAUACUUGGUAACUACACAACUGAGGCGCCAUAGCUCAUUAAUUCAGAAAUGAUUAAUAAUUGUGAAAACAGCAGAAUUUUUUUUCCAAGCUCUCCUUUAUCAAAAGAAGAAGAAAAAAUCAGUCUAGACCUGUUGUCUAUGAGAUGUUCUUGCCCACUCUCUCUCUUUCUCAUAAGUUUCUGAGAAGUAUGUUACUUUUUAAAGAGCAUACAUUUAAAGCAACCUUUGACCUUCUAUGUUCUGUCUGUUUCAGAGCUGAAAUCGAAGUGGUCCAAAACGAUGUGAGUGAACUCGAGACACGACUAGAAAAGGUGAGAAGAAGCAUGCACCUUCAUAUCUUUGUCAUAUCCCUGCUUGAAUCUGAAAAAUGUAACCGCUUACACACAGAGACAGACAUCAGUUGUUUCUAAAUACACGCACUCCUCAUGUGAAGUGAGAGGUGGGCGGUGGUUUUUGAUGUAUUUUUCACCUGACAGACAGCAGGAAGUAUCCAAAAGCACUGCUUCCUCAUGGUAUUGUCCUCAAACAGAGAGAACUAGUGUUUGUUCUGCUUUCUUACAAUAAUGGAUAUUUCUUAUUGAUUCUCUGUGUUCACGUAAGUUUCAGAUCUGUAACAGUAACGUAUCUGUUCCUGCACAGUGAAUCAAAAAGCGUUUGCAGCUGAUGAAAAAAACAAAGAUUUGGAAAUUCAGAGGAAAGUCGUUGCGUGUUGAGUAAUAUGUGUCGGAGCAGGGAGAUGAAGGGAUUUAGAAAAUCUUGACUAACAGGGUUCAAUCCCUGAAUUUGCCCUUGAGCAAAAAACUGAAGUUGCACAGAAGCUGCUAAAUGUCCCUGUUUGACCUCUGAGCCACGUUAUGCUAAAGUUAAGGUCAAAUUAACAUAGUUUGGUUGUAUCUAAUAUCAUUGCUUUGGUUGGUUCACUUUUACUGCUUUUAAAAUUUAAGUUUUAUGAUAAUUUACUCUUAAAUAUGUAUAUUUGUGAGCAGUCACAUGUAUAAAACUCAUCCUGUGUUGAUGUAAAACAAAUAUCUCUAUGAAGAGUUGGUGCAGGACAGAAAUAGAGCGCAUAGAAAAGCAAAUAUUUGACUUUUUUGCUUAUGAGGCCACAAACAUUAAUCUAAAUUUUCCAUUGACUGUGAGAUAAUAAGUAUUAGCAUACACAUAUCUCAGCCAUGAGCCUAUAAUUUCAUUGCUGUAUACUUAAAGUCUUGGUUUUUUAUAUUUAGUUGCACCGUUUCUUUAAGAAAACUAAAUAUUUGUUAUCAGACCACGAUACAAAAGAGCAGGUACUCGAGUUUCACCCUGUAAUUUCCAGUAUGUUCUCGUUGUACUUCAUUUAAUGCACUCCAGAUGAGAGCUAACAGAGCUGGAGGCUUUAUCCAGCACGGCUGAUUAGAAAAACGUCCAACUCUGGCUGUUUUAUUGCCCUAAUGUGUGGACUCCUGUAGAAACUCCUCAUUAUGUUUAAUUAUUCAUACCGGCUAUAACCGGCCGUUCCUCAUUUUGAGUGUGCUUCGCUGAGUAUCCAGGAGGAAUUUCACUGCAUGUCUUUGUCAUCCAGCUUGUGAAACAAUGUCAGGCCAUGCUGGAGGCGGGCAGAGCCUACUGCCAGACCAGCAAGAGCUUCGUCAACGGCUUGCGGGAGCUCGGACACAACUGCUCAGGGGACAACAUGAUGGAGGUGAGAAGAGCGCGGUGGCAUAUGGAGUCAUCAGAGAGUUAUUUAUAAACUCCUGUUAAAAUUUUUCACCCGGAUGAUGUCACGUCUACUCAGAAGACGGUGUUUAGUUUGACUUUUAGGACAUCUGGAGGCUCCCUGGUUGAUUUGAUUCAGUGAAAAGCUUCAGUCUUACCACAGUCUGUAUAAAUAAUAGAGGGACUGACAGCUCCCUGAAAGUGAAGCCGAAAUCUUUAGAGCUCCCCCUACUGUUUGGUCACAGUAUAAGUCAUGACCCAUGUUGACAGAUGGAAUAGGGGUCAAACUUUAAAAUGAAAAUAAAAGUAAAAUGUAUGUUUCUGAACAAUAAAUAACUUGUUCUUGUCAAGCUUAUUACCGUCCCAAUUCUCAUGUUUCUGAGAAGCUUACGCUGCGUCACAGUUACAUCGCAAGUCGGAUGUUGGAGCUGAGAAUGACGUUACACCCGAGUUGACGGUGUUCCAGUAAACAAAUCGGAAAACUAAGAUGGACACCUACACUUACCAUUGUUAGCUGUUGUUUACAUUUGUCAGUUGUUGUUAGCGGUUGCCGUUGUUAGCUAUACCAGUGGUAAACAACACAUAAUACAGUAUUUUACUGGUACAAACACCAUAGCACCGUGUUUACAGUUAGACGUUGGGCAGAACAACAUAAACCACUUAUUUAAUUUCACUAAAACAACACAGAGUGCUAAUAAAUAAAACAUCACGAGAGCUUUCACUGUUACUCUUCACUGUUGAUGCACUGCGCUGCCAUCUUAGAUUAUGACGUCAUCGUCAAGUCGGGGUUGGUGAGGAUCGUCCAACUUUCUGAGUUGGAAAUGUGACUUCAGGGGGGCGUUCCAGAUGAAUUUUCAAUUUGGACCUCGGAAAUUCCAACUUCCGAAUACAACUGGAGUGCAGCAUUAGUUUUAAUUAGCUACUUUAUAGAAUAAAAAGGAAUAAACGUUAAAAAUGUCAUCAUUUCAAAGACAUUAUUUCAGAUAUGAGGCUCUCAGAUACAGUUUUAGUCUCUCAUUGCAAAAAAUAAAACACAAUGACAAGCUGAGAGGCUCUGUUAAAAUAAAGCUGGUGGUCAUAGUGAAGAAUUUAGAAGUGAAAGGGUAAAAUAAUUCAGUCAGGAGGUUUUGAGGAACAAAAGCUAAGCUGGAAUAAGAACAAAUACUUGACUACAAAGCCUUAAACGGGAUCAUAACUGCAGUUUAAUCCAUCUGUCCUGCAGGAGUGUCUGGAGAAAUUUUCCAAGAAGCUGUCCAUCAUCUUAGACGCUCAGGGGGUGAGUGAGUCUGUCUGCCUGUCUGUCUGUCUGUCUGUCUGUCUGUCUGUCUGUCUGUUGUCUGCCUGCCUUUGACCUGCUGUUUUCUUACCACGAUCUCAUUCACAGUCAUGACGCAUAUCAGACGCAGUAUGUGGUCGGACAAGGCUGCAGCCUGCUGUCUGACGCCUCAACAGCCGACAGUUAUCUGCGCUCACUGUGAUACAUCUGCCUCUGUCUUUUCUCUCCCCUUUUAGGAAGUGAUUGAGAUCACACAGAAGUCCGUCAAGACCAAGCUGCAGAACUUUGUGAAAGAGUGAGUGAGCCGUUUCAGCAGCUAAGUCCUUCACUAAGCCUCCUUCGUCGAACAGUCGCUUUAGGAGCUUUCAAACCUUUGAUUUUACUUCUCUGCGUUUUGUCUGACAGUCAGCUCGAAUUAGCGUGAAUAAAAUGAGGACGACACGAUAGAGAGGAUGUCUCAAAGCAUGUGACAGAAGUGAUAAGCUGGAUAGUUUCACCAAGGACACACUUUCACUCUGGUUGAAUCGUCAGAGCUCUGUUAUCAAACCGAGAACAGGGACGCGCUAAUGCUGAUACUGUUUUCUCAAGCUUGAUUCAGCAGUAUGAUGUGAAGUGAAUAACACCUACAAAUCCAUAAAGCAUGACACUACAAAAAUGGCAUUUACUGCUAACUCCCACCUACACUUCAAGGUCUGUCAACACCUAAUGGAUUAAACUGUGCUCAUUUACAACAGCUUAGAGUCGUUUAAAAUCCCCAAAAUGAAAGCUUUUGUGUUGCAGCUCAAAAAAUUCGAAUAUCCUGACAAAGUUAAAGUGUGAUGACAAACUUGGACUCCAUUAUUACACCGUUGAGGAUGUAGCGUAUAAUCACAGUUGUACAGGAAGUGUGUAGAGGGCCAAAACAAACCCACAGCUGUCACAGAACCAAUGUUUACAAAACGGACACAAAGUUGAAUUGAGGAAGACUCCAAAUUAAUAUAAUGGGGGACUAAUGCUGGGUUCGAGUUACCUCGGAAGUCAGAUGUCUGAGCUGGGAAUGACGUCACACCAAAGUUACAAGCGUUUUAGUUACCAAGUCAGAAAUAAGCAAAAAGCGGAGGUGGAAACAAGAUGGCGACAUCUACGAAAGUUAUUUUAGCAUUCCCUUUCAUAGAUGUGGCCAUUUUGUUUCUGCCUCUGAUUUUGCAUUUUUUCCCACUCGGUAACUGAAACGCUGGUAACUCGAGUGUGACGUCAUUCCCAUCUCAAACAUCUGACUUCCGAGGUAACUCGAACGCAGCUUAAAGGUCCUUACACACCAGACGCGAAUUCGCCAGGCGAAUUAUUCGCCAUUAUUCACCUUUUUUUAAAACAGCGUAAAGUCAAUGCAAGCUUCCACACCGGCAGCGAUUUUUCCGCGGGGCGAAAAGCGUCUUUUAUUUUUUCGCUCUUGUGUCAGAUUUUUCGGAGAUUCACAGGCGAAUAUCUUGACCUGCUAGACCUCUGGCCAAUCAAAAGUCAUGUUGUUGAUGAUGUCACAGACCCAUGCAGGGCUGCAGUUCACACGACACACACCACCACUGGCACCAAGAGCAACAAUGGGAGGGAGUGUGUACCGCAGAGUGGUCGCCCAAUGUGUAUAAGCGAAAGCGAUUUUUCGGAUCGGCGAAUAUUUUCGCAUUUUCGUCUCGCUUUUUCGCUUCGCUCCACAAAUUCGCUGGACCAGACUGAAAGCAGAACUUCUUAUUUGACCUCUUAAAUCAAGUGCACUUAAGUUUUUUUGUUUCUAAAGCAAACUAAUCUCGUCGGAUUACACUGAAGUACUUAAACAGCGGUAUCUGUCUUCCAGAGACGUCCGUCGAUUCAAGGAUGUGCGUAAGGAGUUCGAGCGUGGCAGUGAGUGCCUUGAGGGGGCGCUGGCGAAGAACGCUCAGGCCCCGAGGGGUAAAGUACACGAAGUAGAGGAGGCGAGUAACGCUCUGCUCAACGCCAGGAGAACGUUUCGGUCUGAGGCCCUCGACUACGUCCUGGAGGUGAGGGAGAAGUAAAUUUUCACCAACUGAUUCACACCCUGCUCUAUAUAUAGAGUGUGUAUUUCACUUUAAUCUGCUUUUUUUAUCAUUUCUGGAUGUUAACAGUGUUUCUAUUUUAAGACCUGAUCUGCUGUUUUUGUUCCCAUUGGUUUGUUUUUGUUUUUAUCUACCAUACUCUCUUGACGGUCUUAUAUACUUGUGACCUGCGUGUGAAUGGGUGCAUUCAAACUGAAUUUUGCAUAAAAGAAAGCCUUCACAGAUUCAAUUUCAGCUUUGAUCGCAAAAAUGAGAAAGCAGAUAAAGAAAGAGUAAACCCGGGGGGGACAGAAACCUUCAAAUACUCCAAAAGCAUGGUCAAACUUUUCAAAGCCCUGAUGGAAAAACACUAAAUGAAACGCUGGAUUUCAAACAGCCUGGAAGCAGCUGAAGGUCUGAUUAUUGUCGCACUGAUGUUUGGGAUGAAAACAAGUCCGCCUCAGGGCUUCUCUCCAGACUCGUGGUUGUGGCUCCUGUUGGACAGCGAGUCUUUUUCUUACGAACACUAUAUCUAACCGCUGUUUCCUUUUAUUACAGAUUAAUGUCAUCGAGGCCAAGAAGAAAACAGACAUAGUGAUGGCAGUGAGUUCACAUUGACCUACUUUGAGUUUCUUUUGUUGCUUUUAUGAAUCAUAUACUCUAAAUAUAUAUAUUUAACAUGUAACAGCAGUUUUCUUUUGCUUCCUGUUAGAUGUUGUCAAUGAUGGAGGCCCAGGCCCAGUUCUUCCAACAUGGACACCAGUCGUUGUCAGAGUUGGACGAGUACAGACGAAAGCUGAGUGAUGAGGUAACUGCUUCAUCUGCAAUCAUCUGAACCAACAGCAGAGUCGUUAAUAACAGAUUCAGCUUUGUGCAAAUUUUGACCAGCAGACGCCUCGCUUGGCGUUAGCUUAAUGUUAAAAGAACAUUGCAGGGUUCCUACACAGUUGGAAUUUCCAUACUUUUCCAUACGCUACAUUUUAGAGUUGUCUGUGGAAAUAUCUACUUUUCUAUUUUGGAAAACAGUAUUUUUUUUACUGUGGUAAUACUCUGGAAACCCAAAUAGUUUUCCAUACUUUAUUUUUCAUUUACCAUUGAGCAGAGUGGGGUAAGAUGAGCCAUUUUUUAUAUAUCAGAUCACUACAUCAAGGCAAUCAUAGUUUUGUCUCUAACUAGUGUAUCUGCAUAUAUUUCAAGAUGUUGUGUAUCCCUGCAAACCAACAGGAUGAGUGUAAACAUAAAUGUCUUGAUAGUAUAGCAUGCCAAAAAAAAGUGGUCUCCUAUGGUCAACUUACCCCAUAGGAGCGGGGUAAGUUGAGCCGUAUCCCUACCACCACCUCCACUCUCAACCCAUGACCUCCCUCACCUUCUCUCUCCCUAAAUAUCAGUCAUUUUUAUCUAUUAUACACUAUUCAACUGGUACAAUAAUUCUUUUUAUUAUUAUUGCAUAUAACUGCUAAAAAGCUGUUGUGUAAAAAGCCAUUUUAACAUGAGAAUGUCUUCAAGUGAUUCAGAACAUUCACAGCUGUAUAUUUGGAAAGAAAGAGUAACACAUCUCAACAAUCUGAACUGAAACUCUGAUCCUCUCAUCAGAUUUCUUUACUUUCUCAAAUGGUCGACUUUCAUGCUAGGUUUUUGACAUAUGACCAUCACCCAUGUGCUUCUGACCUUCACAGACUCCAUGAAUUGAUGCCCAUCUCCUAAAUAUUUGGUUACACAAUCAAUUUCUUUUGCCAUUUCCAAGCAACAGAAGGUGGCUCAACUUACCCUUUGGCUCAACUUACCCCACUCUCCCCGACUGUUUAAGACCUGGAAAUUUAUCAAAUUACUUCCAUACUUUUCCAUACUUUCAAUACUUGCCUAGGAACCCUGAAGUUAGUCGUUUUUAGCUGUACUAUCAAAGACGUGUUGUUUUCAGAAGUCCAUAUUUGUGCAGAGAUGUUCAUUUGCAACAAGCCUCAUGUUGCCUUUCACGCUAAGACUCAAAAUUUGAAUGAAUUUCUGAGGGGUUUUUGUUGCAUCAGAUGAUUUCUUGGCUUGGCUGCAGAGGAGUCACAAGAUGACAUCACACUUUUCAUCGUGACAGGAAAAAGUGACUGACAACAGGAAAUAUUUCAACGGCUGUGCGUGCGCGCGUGUGUGUGUGUGUUAGUCCUCCGACUGUCCAAGCUGGAAACUUCACCACUUAGUCAGCCUUCAACAUCAGCAGUGUUAUAUUUUAGAGUCUUUCUUUUUUUGCUUUAUCUUAAGAAUUUAAAACAGGAAAUGAAUUAGUCAAUGUUCUCUUGCCAAAUCAAACCACAACAAGGCGCUUCCUGUUUCAACAGGAAAUGAUAGGAGCAAGAAAACGCAGAUGGAGGAGAGACAGUGAGGAAAAUGACACGAAACAGACUCUCCUCAAGAAAAAAAACAUCAAUGUUUCCCUCAGUUUGGCUCAGGAUGUAGGAAAAGGUUCACCUCUUCCUAAGUCCUGUUUCCUGGAGUCUGGAGGAGUGAUUUACAACCCUGAACUUAUGAAAGACAAACUGUCACUGUAACUCAUUUUUACACGAGCAGAUGACAGUUUUACACCCCAGAUAUCAUCUUAUUUUCACUAGUUUUAGUCUCUUCUUUUGUCUCUUUUUAUAACAACUUAUUAAGAUAUUAAAAAAGAGACGGAAGAAGAAGUUUUUGAAUCUUUUACACAGUCAUGCAUCAGUGCAGAUAGUUGAUUAGAUUAUAGCUGGACUAGCUGGUGAAGAAAACACCUGACAGGAAAACUGAGCAUAAUUCAAUUAACGUAGGUUUACUGGGUCUGGUAAAUGGUGAUGAAAUGAAAACUGGUUGCCAAUUGUAGCUAAAACCACCUGAACUAGCACCACCAGCCUUUGGUCCCCCUUACAGGUGAAUGAACCCUAUUCGUUAUCUUAAGUACCAAUUAACCCUGACCAGAAAUUUGGUCUUCUUUCUCAUGAAAUUACAACUUUAUUCCUGUAAGAUAACAACUGCAGUUUUGUCCAUUUACAACAUUAAAGCACCUGUGUGGAACUUUCAGUUUGUGCCAAUUUUGGCGCCCCCUGUGGACAAACUAGUCUUUUCUUGUCUUGUUCUUAACAUGCUUUUGCCGUGUCGUACAACAAGAAAUCUCCUCCAGCUGACUCUUGACAGUUAUAAGUGUCAUUUCCUGAGAAUAUUUUAUGUGGAAAUUAGAAAAAAAGGCGGUUUCUCUCGCUGCUUGGCGGACACCUGCCCCCUAGCACCAGCAUGACGCAUAAAAAAUCCCCGCAUUUUGUGGCUAAUUUUGUACAUCAUAAAAAAGGCAUCAAUAUGAAUUUUAGUCCGUUUUGUUGACAUAAAAAUAUUACCCACAGGGGCUUUAAUUUUAUUCGUAACAUGGCUUCAUUCCUCCAUUGUAAAACUUUAUAUGAACCAGUUAUAAAACAUUUGAAAUAGAUCAUCACAGAGAAGCUAAAUUUCAUAAAAUUAGUUCUGUGUUUAUACAAAAAGGGAAUAAUGUUAAUUAUUUGAAGAAUCAACAGUCCAGAGGCUAACUCAAUUUGUUUUUCUGUCCUGACAGCACACUCAGUUUGUCCUGAACUCUGCCCGGGAAAAGAGGGACAUGGAACAGAGACACGCUGCGAUCAAGAAAAAGGUCUUACAUCCACAAACUCGACAUUUUUACAAACAUUUGUACCACAUUACACCUCUAAUAAAGUCAGUUAUUCAGCGCACAGUAAAGGAAGAGCUGUUGCAUAAAGACACUUAAGCGACACAGAGUAACUUCUCUUAUACAUUUUCAGGAUGUCUCCUACGAUGACUCCAUCAUGGAUUUUAACGCUGAUGCCGCUAAUGGGAUCGCCAUGGAGGGAUAUCUUUAUAAGAGAGCCAGUAACGCCUUCAAGACGUGGAGCAGGUACAAGUUUACCCACCAAGAGUCUGAUAUUAAUCUUUACUUUCUUUGCCUCACUAAAUGACCUUUUCAUGUUUUUUCACAACUUACAGACGGUGGUUUUCAAUUCAGAAAAAUCAGCUGGUGUAUCAGAAGAAAUUCAAGGUAAUUUUUUUAAAAGUCACAAACUAUAUUAGGCUUUAAUGCAACUUUGAAGGGACAGAUCAAAAGAGCUUGUCUGAUAUACUUUAAAGCUCCUGUGAGGAAUUUUGGUUUGUGUCAAUUUGGCGCCCCCUUGUGGAUGAAGUUGUCUAUGCUUAUUUUUUCCUCUACUUUUACAUUUUUAAAUUUGUCAAAUAAAUCAUGAAUUGACAAUAUUUUAUUUGGAAUUUGUAAAAAAAUAAAAUAAAAUGAAAAAUGAAAAAUUUCAUGAGUGUCAAAAAACUCCUUACAGGAGCUUUAAUCUUGCUGUAUCACUGCUGUAGCUUUUCCUUUUCCUUUUGUGCUAUAAAAACGACCAAACAAGUUCUCACAACAGCAUGCUCCGUCUGGGUCUCUCACAGGACCAGCCCACAGUUGUGGUGGAGGAUCUGCGUCUUUGCACAGUGAAGCCCAGCACUGAAAACGAGAGAAGGUUCUGCUUUGAAGUGGUCUCUCCAUCAAAGUGAGUUUGGUUGUGUUGUUGCGUUCACACGUACGUGAGUCGGGGGUGAUGGCGGUUAAUUUUUUAAGUGAUAAGCGUGGGCUUCAUGUAGACGAAGAGGGGACAAAGUUCUGAGAAAAUGUCCAUGUCACCUCUCAUGUAUUCAGCAAUUUGUGUGUGUUUGUGUGUGUUUGUGUGUAGGUGUUGUUUGUUGCAGGCAGACUCAGAGAGACAGCAGCAGGGCUGGAUCAGCGCCGUCCAAAACAGCAUCGCAUCAGCCUUUCAAGAGCACAGAGAGGACCCACACAGCCCUGUGAGACACACACACUCAUCAAAAAGACACACAAUCCCCACGCAUUAUACUCCACUUCUGCGUGUUUCAGUGGGAGUUUAACUCCUCAGGAUUACAGGAGAACUUCUCAUAGUGAGUCCCUGUAUUUAUGUGUGUGUGUUAUUAGAGACAGCGCUGCAGCUCAAUGUCGGCGAGCACUUUGGGAGGAAGUGGAGGAGGAGGAGGCGGAGAUCAGGAAAAGACAGCCUGUAAGGCGCUGGAUGAGGUUCAGGCGAUCCCAGGGAAUAAGCAGUGCUGCGACUGCGGGGAGCCCGGUCCUGAUUGGGCCUCCAUCAACCUGGGCAUCACGCUUUGUAUCGUCUGCUCAGGGAUACACAGGUAUGACUACGAACACACACACACACACAAGCUGAAACACACACACUCAGCCAGAGGAAAUAGCUUUAAUGCUGUCCUCGUUCUACAGGAGCCUGGGAGUCCAUUUCUCCAAAGUACGCUCCCUCACUCUGGACUCCUGGGAGCCUGAGCUCAUUAAGGUAAUUUAACCUUUUAACUGCAGCAGCUCCACAGCCUCAUUAUCACAAUAACAAAGAGCUCCACUGAGCACAGUGAUUAUGCAAUGCAUUAUGUAACCAUCACUUAAAUUGAGCAUUUCCAAAUAAAGCAUCAAAACAAAUUCUCUUUGGUUGUUUUUUUUUUAGUUGAUGUGCGAACUAGGAAACACGGUGAUCAACAGGAUCUAUGAGGCGAGGAUCGACGAGAUCACUAUCAAGAAGCCCCACCCCUCCAGCCCCAGGUACGAACAAUCAAUGUCAGCUAAUAUUAAAGCUGUAUUUGACUAAUUUUUAACAUGAAUUUUCACAUCUUCACGAUCAAAGUCAGAAGUCAACUUACCUCAUACACGGGGUAAGUUGACCAUAGGAGACCACUUUUUAUAGGCAUGCUAUAUUAUCAAGACUGUUUUGUUUACACUCAUUCUGUUGGUUUGCAGGGAUGCACAACAUCUUGAUACACUAGUUAGAGACAAAACUAUGAUUGAUGUCGUGAUUCGAAAUGUGAAAAAUGGCUCAUCUUACCCCACUCUCCCCUAUAAACAUAAUUAAUCUGGCUUCAUUAAAUUAGAUUUCUUUUUUUCAUUAUAAUGAAUGUAGUUUGAGGGUUUUAAGGUGUGUGUCUAUGCUUUACUUUUAAAACCAGGCAGAAGUAUCCACUUCCUGUCUAUAAUCUUGGUGAAAACUGUUGUUGAGGUCUCGACUUGGCUUUAGCAUAGCUUUUAGUAGUUGCUAGUAAAGACCCCUCCAAUGAUACGAUCAUCUUUAAAAUAAUAAAAGUAUGGAGGUAGGAGGAUUUAGACUUUUAAAUAAAAUGUUUCACAAUAGGAUUAUUUUGGUUGCAUUAUGGGAAAUGUAGGAAGACUCAUCAUUUCUGUUUUAAGACUUGAGCGUAAAAGUGAUUCCUUUAGAGAAAGUAGAACAUCUAUUUGACUGAGGUUUGGUUUUCCUUCACCUGCCUCUCCAAAAAGUCCUCAAACAACAAAGUAACAUCUGUUAUGAUAACAGUAACUUACUGUUUUUUUACUGUAAGCAUUAGAGGAACUUUUGAUGUGUUUUACUUUUCUAUUCUUUCAAAAUUCAUUCCAGAUACCCGGUUACAUUUACUGUCAGACUUUGUUGAGGCUUGAUGCAGCAUGGUUGGUGUUAGGUCUCUGGGUGAGAGGUGGACCACAACUGAUGGUUGACCACAUGGAUAACUGUUGCUUAACGGUGCAAAGUAAAAAGUGCUGAAGUAAAGCGAAUAAAAAUAAACUCAACUGAGUGGAAAAUAUAUCAUGAUGUGAAAGCAGAAAGCGCUAUAACGUUCUAUCUUCCUUUCUUCAUGGUGUCUUUAAAGUUUGCACUGAUGCAUCGACUGAGUCAGUAUUUUGAAAUCACUGUGCUGAUCUCCUCCUGCUGUUCUUAUGGUGUCACUACAUGAAGCUUUCACUGAUGAACUGCACUUUUUAAAGUUUUUAAAGUUUCUUCCGGGUUGAUUUUACUUUGAUCGAUUCUUCCUCGGUGAAACUCUACAGAAGCUUGUAAGACACAAAAACGAACUUUCGCUCUGCGGUUUACAGAUAAGUGCAUCCGUGGGCUAAUCUCUCUAGACUUAUUUUGUGACUUCCUCUUCUCUCCCCUGUGUUGUGUCACAGCAGGCAGGAAAUGCGACAGGUACUCGAUGCACAUGGUUAACGUUGUGACUGAUGUGUCCUCAGGAAACUCACUGUGAGGCUGCAUGCUUUUCGCAGCAUGAGGUUUUAGUUUUUCAUGUCUUCGCCUUCACUUUUUGGUUGUUUUUUUAAUCCAUUUAAUGCAAAGUGGGUGUUUUAAAGCAGUAAAACACUUUUGGGCCAUAAUUGAGUGAAAAGAAGACCUAAACGGUACUAUCGCAAGCUGAAUUUAUGACUUCAUUAAGAGAGACUGAGUGCGUCAUGGGCAUGUGUUAGCAUUCUUGUCUCACAGCUGCACAAGCAAACUGUUGAGUCAAACUGGGAGAGUGAAGUGAAAGAGAAACAGCCUGAGAAAUGAAGCACUGCAUGUCGCCCUCUUUUGUUUUCUACAUUGCCACGUUUUGUGAGUGAUUUGUGUACCGAUUUGAUACACCACAUCUCACCACUCAUUCCUGCCCCUCAGAGGAGACAAGGAGUCAUGGAUUCGAUCAAAGUACGUGGAGAAGAAGUUCAUCCAAAAGCUCCCUGAAACUGGGAGGAACCCCCCGUUGAGGAGGUCAAGCGCCAGGAGAAACCGUGCCGCCACGCAGGACAAGACCGUGCAGCGACCGCCGCUCAAGCCCAAACCGAACCGAGCCACCUUGCCUCGAGUAACAGGUAACAAUCCUCAGACUUUUUGAUCCAGCAGGAGUCAAUUUCUCCUUCUUGUCUGCUAUAUUUCAUGUCUCUCUUUCUCUUUUUUCAGGGUUGAGCCCAAGUGACAUCCAAAAAAACAACUUAGGUGUUCACAAAGGUGAGACGAAGCAAAGUGACGCCCAUAAUGAGCCUGACACCAUAAACAAGCAUCUUGAAUACAUCCCCUCUUUUUCCUCAGAUGAAGAGGAGGACGUUGAAGAUCUGAGCGGCCUUCAUCCUGGAGCGUUGCUAUAUCGCUCAGCGGCUCUGCAGAACUUCCCCCUCAUGGCCGACGCUUUGGCCCACGGAGCCGACGUCAACUGGAUCAACGCGGCAGAGGAGUCCAGCACGCCGCUUAUACAAGCCGUCUCAGCUGUGAGGACACCUUUGAGAUCACCUUUAUAUGUGAUGUUGAUAAUGAUGAUCCCCAGAGGAAGUAUCAUUUGAUGGUAUAUUGCCCUGUCCUUUAGCGCCCUCUUCAGGUUAAAACCUCCUCUUGGUGGUUUCCAUCAACUUUGUUGCGCUGGAUGAUGGACCAUCAGGGGAUUUUACUGUUUUAGCACUUAAAUGAGACAAGUUGAGAUGGAUCACCGGUGGAGCUAACACAUUUGCCUUGUCUUUGUUAGCCUGUUUAGACAAGAUGGUAGCGAGAGGGUCAAGUAAGUUGUUUGGACUAAAUGUGUAUAAUUAUGAAGUCAUCUAAAGGUCCUGUUUCUUCACCAGAAUGCACUAGCUGCUUGCGAGUUCUUGCUACAAAACGGCGCCAAUGUCAACCAGGUGGACAGCAACGGGAGGGGGCCGCUUCACCACGCCACCAUCCUCGGUCACACUGGGUAGGUUACACUCACUAAUACACAUUCAUAUACGCAAAAAAAGAUAGGAUGAUAUAUCUUAUAUCAGACCUGGGCAUUUUACAGCCUGGGGGGCCACAUCCGGCCCCUUGGAUGUCCCUGCCUGGCCCUUCGUGAGGUCCAUCAAUCAAAUUAUCAACAUGCAAUACAAGUGUGUUGCUUUUAUUUUGAAAACCUAGCCGUUGUUUUAUUUCCGUUUGGACACAUGUGUACAUCCUAGAUCUGCAUUCGUGAACAGAGACAAGUUUAAACAUCGGCAAAAUAUACGUAGACGCCUCAUAGUUGCCAAGUUCGCUUAUUAUAAAAGACUUUGAGCUUAUUUCUCUCAGACGUCAUUUGUAAAACUGAGUCGUGGGUGCGCAUUUUUGGGCUUGUUUUUAACUAGUAGUUGCUUAUUUGGGCUUGCUUUUCUGUACAUGUGAACCUCCCUGAUUUGAAGUUGAAGUUACUGUUGGUUCGGCCCUCCAACACAGUUCAGGUUUCUCCUGUGGCCCCACGUAAAAAUUAAUUGCCCACCCUGUCUUAUAUAUAAGAUCGGGUUAAUCUACCUCCAUUAAAGCAUCUCUGAAAAUAGAGGGGAAGCUUUAAACAGUCUGCAAACGUAAAGACCGGCCUAAAUGUCCUUUCUUUAAAAGGUUGACCUCACACAGAUAUUUGUGCAAGAACACUCACACAUAUACAAACACAUUUUGGUUCAAAUUUUGGCCUGAAACUAGUAGAGAAACUUAUGAACAGCUUCUGAAGGCUCUCAUAGAAAAACUAAAGUGAGGACCAGGCAAAAUGCCCCGCAAUGAAUAAAGGUCCUCACUUCAAAAGGUCAACUUCAGUCUUUGGUCCCAGAAUUGUUGCUAUGCAAGAACACACAUGCAAACACAUAUAACAUUACACGACAAGAUAACAUUUCAUUGUAAUUCUAGUGCUUCUUUGAAGAAAGUGAGGAUCACAUUUCCUUACUUUUCUAAAUAGUCUUCUUUCCACAAUUUUAUAACCCUUAGUGGUCCUCACAGUGAUGGGUAGACAAACGUAUUCCCUCACACAAGAAAGAGUAUAUCAACAGUCUCAUUUAGUAUUACCUGUAACAGUGAUAAAAGAAGGUAGCUAAAGUUGUCUAAAGAGCAGAUGAAGUUUUGUUAGGGAGGCCAUCACCAGCACAUUUUAACACCAUGUAGUUCCACUAACAUAAACCAGUGACUGAUCAGAGGCUAAUAUAUAAGUAAAACACACAACCAUUGACAGAGGACGUCACAGAGACAAAAUCAGACCCUGUCAAAGGUGGAGUUCAUGGACAUGAGUGCAAGUUCAGGAAAAUAAAGACUGCACUUUACAAACACACUCAAAGAAAUCUACUCAAGCCUUCGGGCACAGUGCCCAGAACCAUUAACAAAGCUGAAUAGAUUCAUCUGUCUCCACUAAUGACAGCACCAUGUUGUGUGAGGAGGGACAUCCCAGUAUAAUGGAAGUGAUAAAUUGAUGCAGAAUACAAAAGAGUCCCUGGAAUCACAAAAUUACGACUUUUUACAGCUUGACUUGGGGGCGUUUUUUUAUCUUUACGUCUCUUUGUGCUGUUGACAUGAUUUAUAGACGGGGAUGGUUUUGUUUCAGAACAAGCUAGUCACAGCAGAAUCACACCAGUAAAUAACUUAAGUCGAAUUAAACCAGGGUGUUUAUUUGGCAAACACUAUUUAUCUGUGCCUGCACCGCUCAUCAGAGAGUCAGUCUGGCUGUAAUCUCACUUGACCAGGAUCAGAUUACAGACAUUUAUGUUUGCAGCAUACUGAAGAAAAAGGUCUCACUGAAGACGAACUUAGCAAAGGUGUUCAAAGUGUCCAGAUUUGGAACUUUUUCAGAAUGUCCCUCUUUUUUUACAGUCCUGAUAUUGAAACUGGUACUUUUUUUUGGAUUGAUAAAUAUUUUGAUUUAUGUCAGAGUCCUUCAUGAGCCUACUUUGUAUGCCAUGAAAUUUACAAACAUAUGAUUAAAACAAGAUAAUUUAACACAUCUCAGGACAUGACGGGAACCAGUUUUAGAUACACCUUCUACAGACAUGUAUCUUGUCAAAAAUCAUGAUGAACCUUUGCCACCCUGAGGUGUAGCGUAAAAUUGUAAUGAACGCUGUAAGGGAGAGGAACAAUGUCGUGGGAGAGAUAAAAGUAAGUAAAAAAGUGAGUAAAAAACACCCCAAAUAUGUUUAGAACAACAAAUGAACUUUAUUCUGUGGAUUCUUCUUUUUUUAGUGUCACAACUCCAGCCCGCCUCCUUUAUCCAGGCUGGGGACUGGCAAAAAUGACUCAAUUGAGACAAUUUGGCGGAGUUACCAAGUAUAUAUUUUUUUAUUUUACUUUUUUUUUUUUUUUUUUACGUUUCUAAAUUAAUCGAUAGAGGGGUCUGAAAACUCGCCAAAUAUAGCAACACGGCUGUAAGUUGGCAACACUGGCUGUGAGGUUAUGAUGUAUGUGUGAAUAAUGUGCUCCUAUCCCUGAUGUCCCUGGGUGAUAUAUGGCCAAAAGAAUGUAUAUCAUGUGGUGAAAAUUGCAGGAAAAUGCGUAUUUUUGUGAUUUAAAGAGCUCUAGUGACUUCCAUGUUGGGUGGGAGUGGUUAACUUCAUGAGCUGCUAGACAAUAUUUAGCUAGGCACCUGGAAAGGUUAUCAUACAAAAAUAUAAUCUAGUUUUGAUGCUUAUUUUUGGGUCUAAAGGUCAUUACACACCGCGGCCGACGCAAAUAUAGAACGUGAAAUUACGAAAUUUUCGGAAAAGAAUUUUGACGUGCCAUUUUGACACAUCAACCCCGAUGCGAUUUUGCGACUUUCCGGGGGGAAAAAGACGCAUCCUGGGUGGAAAUGAGAAGACUGACACAACAGCAGACUGACUGUUUUUCAGCUCUGAUUAGACACUCGUGUUGAGAUGGCGGUCUGUAGCAUGUAGCAUACGAUUCUGCUGGACUAUAGAUAGCAUGUACUGAGUCGGGGCCAGUAGCAGAUAUUAAACACAUUAAACUAUAAUCCAUAAACGUGAAAAUACAGUGAAAAUACAUAUGGUAUGUUGUAUCUGAACAGGUUAGCUUACGAGCUAAAGUUACUUAGCACAGAUGAAAGUUAAAACAAAGACGUUUAUCAAACUGUUAAAGCACACAAACCAUCGUCAUAUGAGAAAUCCGACACUAUGACUCUCCAUGAGUUGUCUUUCAGGUCGUUAUCUUUGUAAUGUUUGUGUCUUUUAUCAAAAAGCACUCUGUUCCCCAACACGUAAACAAUCAGCUGGUCGGCCAUGUUGGAUAUACCGGUGAAUCAGACGUCGCGACAACACGCAAUCUCAUUGGUCAGAAGUGGACACACAGUAUGCGAAACUUUAAAAAAUCAACUGUGAUCCGAAAAAAAUAAAUGCUGCGAUAUCGCAGGACGGGAAAACGUCGCUGAUGUGAAUGCUUGUAAUGACAGGAUACGGGUUUGAAAAAAAUAUUGAGGUCCGAAAUAAUCGCACGUAAAAAAUGGUCCCGGUGUGAAAGGAUCUUUAGGUGUAAAAUUUUUCAUUGAUGCUGCAAAGGUUACAUCAAUAUAGGGGUUAAUAAGUGAAUCUUAAAAAAACCACGUCUUCAACCUAGUUCCUAUGCUUGAAACCUUUAUAAAGUUGAUUCCUUAAAUGGUUCCUGGGCCUGUAGAAUAGUUUUUGCAGUGGAAACAUGCGUUUUACCUGAUUGUUGAUGGAUCACUUUUGAUUUUUGAUGUGUUGCUGAUACAAAUAUUCCCUCUCUUAUCCUACUUUUUGCCGUCUCAGGUUGGUUUGUUUGUUCCUGAAGCGAGGCGCAGACUACAACGCCAGAGACAAGAACCAGAAAGAUCCCAUCACUAUAGCCGUGGACAACGCCAACGCUGACAUCGUCACAUUGUGAGUGUUUCAGACGGGAAAAAGUUCUCGAGGAAGGUUUUGUUAAUCUCAACCAGAACAAAAGUAUUAAUCAAACUUCUUUUCUUCUUCAGGCUAAGGAUCGCCAAGAUGAACAAGGAGAUGCGAGAGAUGGACGGGGCGUUCGGCCAAUCAGGUCACACAGGGGGGCAGGGAUCUGGGGGUUUACUGGGUGGGACAGGAGGCGGACUAGGCCAUACGAGGAAGAGCCUCCAAGCUAUAAAGAACCAUAUCAGUGGCUGGGCUUUGGGAGGGCAGGGUGAUUAGUGCAAGUUAAGGUCAAACCAGGACAAGAGACGGAAAGCUUAUUUUUUUUAAGCUGAAUGUGAAAAGAUGUUUGUGUGAUGUUGUUGGGCAUCGGGAAUCGCUGGUGACGUUUAUCUGCAGCAUCUGCAGAGAGAUUAUCCCUCCGCACAUGUCGGUUAAGAAAACAUGCGUCAUCAUUUCUAAGAUCACUAAAUGGAAAACUGAGGGAGCAGUAGAGCCGAGUCUUUUUAAGCUGUAAAACACAGGGUAUGACGGUUACAGCAGGGAGUUGACUGAAAACAGAUGAAUGGAUCGAUAUUCAUGAACAAAGAAGGGACAGCACUUUGACUAACAGAUGCGCACAACACUACGGUUUAAAAACCAUCAAAUCUCCAGUUUUUAUUGUUAGUAAUGAGCACUACAUGUGGUUCCUCUUAUGCUAAACUUAGAUGUUUUUAUAGGAGGCCUGUUUUAGAGCGUUUUUUUUUUACUGACUUAUUGUAUAUACGGGGUAUUUUUAUACUCAGUUUGCACAGCUUUUUCAGAUGUGUAUUGGACUGUUCAGUUUUGUAAGCUUAAUUCAGUUUUGAGUCUAACCUCAAGGAUGAUUUUCUCCUGCUAUUCUGUGAAUAGUGACUCAGUCGGAGCUCUGUUACAUAUUAAGUUUUGUGUAUUUAUGAGAAUUUCAUGCUGUCAGUCAGGUCCAACAGCCCUCAGACUUGAGGUUUUGUUUGCAUAUGUCUCUUUUUAAAGCUGCACACUCCAUUCUUUCAUGAUAACACGGCUUUUCUGGUGCUUUGGUUUACAAUUCCCUCAUGAAGGAAUGGAAACAUGAUGCUUUUUCGUCUGCUGCUGGUCAGUAUUUGAUGUGCUGUGCUUUCUCAUUGUGUGUGUGUCUUUGCCAUCUGCCCUGCUGAGAUGUCCAGCUGGUCUCAUCUGCUUGUGCAGUGUGCCCCCUACUGCAAACUCAGAGGUAAAGACAGUGCAUGUGCAUGCUGUUCUGUGUGUGUUUGUUCAAGCUGCAUGCUUCCCGCUGUAGGGCUACAACUCUAAAGAGUGUUCAGGAAAUAGCUGGUGGAUUUGCAGCCAUUAAAAACCGUCCUCUUUCUGGAUGACAGAUGUUGCGAUUCAAACACAGAUGUGUUUUGUUAAAUAGGAGGAUGUGCUCUAAAAGAAAGCCAACAAAUGGAAUCCAGAAGGGACGGCGCUGAUUUGAAAGUGGAUUUUUAAAGCUUUUAAAACUGGAAAAUUCACGUUUUCUUUCUUUUUUUUCUUUCCAGGUGAUGAAACGUAUCACGACAUCUUCAGAGACUUUUCACACAUGGCCUCAAACAACCCCGAAAAGCUCAAACGCCGCAGCGCAGACCCCAAAACUUAACCAGCUGUCAGUGCUGCUGUUCACACUUGAUGCUUUCAGGCACAUUUAGACAACAUGCGCACACGAACACACACAUGCAUACACAUACACACACACACGUAUGGUUAUCCCUGGCUGCCUGCCACAUGUUCAGUCAUCGCUCAGCUGGUGUUGACUUCAGAGGGUACGAGCCCUCCCAACAGUGAAUUCUUUGUGCUUACACGUCAGAGCAGAACAAUCGUGUCUGAGUGGGAAAAGCUUUACGAGAGCAGCAUGAGGUGUCUUUACGAGCAGCAGAGGGUAACGCCACAGCUCUGCCAACAUUUCUCUGUACAUUAUUUCCAAUGAAAAGGGCUGUUUUUGAUGUUUCUCUGCAUUUUUCUGUUCUGAAAUGUUGCUAAAGUUGAUGCAGUCUGAUUCAAUGUCUUCCACUGAUCUGUGAUGUCCACAUUUUUUUUUUUUACAUUUGGAAAAUUUACAGACACUUUUUUGCUAAACCAAGAGAGGUACUUGAAAUUUGUAUCAAGAGCAAAUAAAGAGCAAAAGCAUCAAUUCAAGAACUAAAGUGUGUCACGUCUAUAAUCACGUUUUGAUUUUAAAAAACGCCAGCAGAGGGCGCCAUCAUCUUGUGAUUGAAUUUGUAUUUGCUCACUGAGGAUUAAAACCAAAGCGCAACAAAUAAAGGCCUGUUUACACAAAA